ACGCUGUAAAGACACUAUAGUUCUCACUGUGCUGCAGCCCCAUCAGUCACCUAAGUCUGCCUUCAUAAGUGCAGCCAAAAAGGCCCGCCUGCGAACUAACCCGCCCAAAGUGCGCUUUUCAGAGCAAGUGUCCAUCAGCGACCCAGACUCAACAAUGCUCAAGGACGACUCCUUGCUACUCAUACCAAAUGUGUUGAAAGUGUUCUUGGAGAAUGGGCAGAUUAAGUCUUUUACGUUUGAUAGCCGUACCACUGUUAGGGAUGUGAUCUCUUCCCUGCAGGACCGCCUCUCACUGCGCUACAUUGAGCAUUUUGCCUUAGUACUGGAGGCAGGUGGUCUUGACCAGAAUCAGAGGUUGCAUCUGCUGCAGGAGAACCAGCCUCUGACACAUGUGGUGCAUAGAACCUAUUUCCAAGGGAUGAAGUGUCUGUUCCGCAUCUGCUUCUUCCCCAAGGACCCUGCGGACCUGCUGAGAAGGGACCCCGCUGCAUUUGAGUACCUCUAUAUACAGAGUCGCAAUGAUGUCAUCAAGGAGCGCUUUGGCAUGGACUGGAAAUCUGACAUCACGUUACGUUUGGCUGCGCUCCAUAUCUACAUCACUGUGUCCUCUGCAAGGCCAAAUCAGAAGAUCUCUCUCAAACAUGUCGAAAAAGAGUGGGGACUAGAGCCUUUCCUACCCCUCACUCUGCUUCCAACAGUCAAGGAGAAGAAUGUGUGUAAGACCCUGUCUCAGUUGCUGAAGACCUACCAGCAUCCACCACCAUCGGGCAACAAGGUCCCUCCUCUGCAAGGAAAGCUGCAGUACAUGCGUGUACUCAAUGACCUCCCACCUUUUGGAGGAAUACUGUUCCACACUGUUGGACUGGAUGAGAAACAAUCAGCUACAACACUACUUGUGGGUCCUCGGCAUGGCAUUAGUCAUGUGAUUGACCUGAAAAAUAACCUCACAACAGUUCUGGCUGAGUUCAGUAGGGUUGCCAAGAUCCAGCUCUACCGAGAGAGCCAAGGAGUGGCUCGUGUGGAGGUGACAAUCCAUGAGGCCAAGCCCCUGGUCCUACUCAUGGAAUGGCCUGAUGCCAGUAACUUUGCGUGCCUCAUAUCUGGCUACUUCAAGCUAUUUGUAGACCCUAAACGGACCAUCUACUUCCGGGCCCCUGGUCAGUCUCAGCUGACCAAGGCAGAUUACAGAAGCUCCCACCAUGCCCACCCACGUUCUGGAGCAACCAGCUUGCCAAGUGGAGGUCGGCGAGGGGACGAGAGGGAAAGUUCACACAGGGAGUCAGGGCCUUCAAGGGCCCUAGUUCCGGCAGAGCCUCAGCAUCUAGGCCUGUGUCAUGUCCACCUUCGAGAACAACAACAAUUUCAGGAGCUCCAAGCACAUGCUGAAGUUGAACUCGACAUAAAUGAGAACUUUAUUUCGCAGGAGGUCCCUGGCCGGCCUCGCACCAAAUCAGACCCCACCCAGCAGAGUACAGAGGAAAUAGCUGGGGUUUUAGAGAGUCCAGCAGUGGAGAAUGCAGGAUUUAGAAUCCGAGCCCAAACAAUGGGUCAAUCCCAGAAAACCUCACGAUACUUCUGUGACUCCUGCAAAGCCAGGCUUAGGGCUGAGGGUCUGUCAGCAGCAGUGAACAGUAGUGGGAGCUCUGGAAAACACUGUUCCAGUGCUUGUGCCUCCCGAGAUGUAGGUGUUGUUGACCUCAUGGCCCUGCCACCCCCAGGGAAUGAAGAGGAGGACGAGGAGGAGGCAGAUAAUGGAGGAGAGAAGCUGCACCCACCACCACCUGCUAUUGCAGCACCACCACCUGGAUUCAGGGACAACAGUUCAGAUGAGGACGAUCCAAAGAGAGGGAGGAAAGCUCGAACCAGUGCCAGCCCAGCAGUCCCCUCUGGGAAGCUGGCCCAAGCCAAGGAAGAUGUGCCUGUGACACUGAUUGAUAAUGUGUCUACGAGAACUGUCCGAGAUCAUGCCCAGGAGCUUGAUGAUGCUCUGGUGUCCACCUUACAGGCACUAGAGGCUUUGGCAGCUUCUGAGGACUACCCCCAUCACCCUCAACAGCCCACACAGACUGCAGGGCUGAUUGUCUUAGCUGCCAUUACACCUGAGUCAUCAUUGGACUCAGGACACGAGACCAACUCCUCUGAACUGACAGAUGUUUCUGAAAUGGUGUCGGCUAUGAAGCAAAACCAGAACCAGGCCUACCUGCUGGCUCACCAUAUCAACAAGGAACGUAUUCUCUGCCGCCGUGACUUUCCCCUGGCUAUCCCUGGCUGCACUGCAAAAACCAUAGGGACGGGGGCCUUCUCUGUGGGUCAGAUUCGUGCUGGCUGUCCACCCAAGCAAGUAAUCCUAAGCAAGACUGUUCCAUUCAAAGUUAGUCCCAGUCAAGACUCAGCAAUACUCAGUGUUGUGACAGAGCAAGGGGGCAAGCAGGACACUACUCAGCCUGAACAGAAAGCAGAAAUGAAAGGAAACUCUGAGUCUACCAAAGCAAACACCCCUGAUCCCCCUUCUAAGUCAUCCGAAGAACUUAAAUUGUCUGAUGCUUCACUGACAACUCAAGUCAGUAAAGACCAGAAGUUAUCAAAUUCUUCUGGGGAGACACUGUGCCAAAAUGUUUCUGAGGGUAUAAAGGGGAAGACAACUGCACCUCUUAAUACAGAACCCAGCAACAAAGCCUUACCAAUCCUCUUGCCUGUGGACAGAACUGCCUCUGCCAAGAUUUCGCCCACAAAAAUGUGCCAAGAUGCCGAGACUGCCUCUAGCGAGACCAUGAAGCCUUCCAGCUCUUCAGAACUUCUGCCAGUUGAUGACCUUUUCUGCACAUGCCCAGUGCAACAGGAGCCUGGGCCUCAACUAAGACUAAAAGACCCACAGAUUCAGAAGGUUUUUGUUUUUCAAUCCUCCUCCCCUACAGAUGACGAGCGUUUACGGGCCAAAGGCCUCCAGCUGGCUAGCAGCAAAGAAAAUGCAAUUAGAGUAGGAGCAGAUCCUAGUUUGGCAAAACCCAGCCCUCAAAUACAAACCAAGCACUCCCCUCAUUUGCCUGUAAAAGCGGAAAGAAAGGAAGCAGCUGAAAGCAAGACUGAGGGUUCCCAGGGCAAAUCCCACCCUGAGUCACAGAAAUGCCCCAUAAAAUCCUUACCUAUUUUAGAUGAUCCAACAACACCUAGCCCAUCUGUAGAAAUGGUCUCCACUCUCCCAGCCAGAGACUCAAAGAAGUUAGGCAGUGGUAAGGGGAAGUCCCAGCGCAGUGCCCCUUUCUUGAGCUUUAGAAACCUUCUUUCAGCUACGUUCCCAGCAAGAAUGCGAAGAGAAACAGAUGAGCGAAGGGCUCAGUUGCAGAAAGUCCGCCAGUAUGAGCUAGAGUUCUUAGAGGAGCUGCUGAAACCCAAGUCAUCCCAAGGAGAUUUUUUGCCCCAGGGAUCCUCACCUGUGCCCUCAGGCACUCCUUGUGCCUGCCAGCUCCGCACCAGCCCUGUCCUAAAGGCACCAGGUAUCUCCCGAGAGCAGAGACGCAGCUGUGACUGUAAGCGAAUGUGUAGGGGCAUGCGACUACCUGACACACCAGUUGGCUCAACAACAGAGACACAACACAGAGGCAGAGAGAGAACUAUCUCGAAGACCCCUCCAGCAGUCUCCAAUGCCCCUCACACCCAAGGUGCUACAAGGAGACCGCAGACCUUAGAGAUCAAGACCACACGAAUACGCUCUACCAGCCUUGAGUCAAGAGAGCCAAGGGGAGAGCAGGGCUCCUGCUUGCCCACCUGUUCUUCUCAAACAGACUGCAUUGGAGCUCCACAAUAUAAGAAGCUCCAGAGGCGAUAUAGCAUUGGAGAACUGGAUAACAGCACUAGCACACCUGUGUAUGCUGAGGUAAAGCCCAAAGCUAAGAGUCUAGAGAAGGAGAUGGAGAGAGUUAGGGCCACAGGGCUGAGGCUCCCCACCCCAGUAGAGCCAGUCCACACUCAGUCUCACCAAGCAGAGGGGAAGGGGAAAAAGGGUGUGUUCUUCAUUCAGGGAGAAGAGCUACUAUGUGAAAAUAAAGAAGGGACCGGCGAGGUGCUGCUGACCCUGCCCAGCGAAGACAGUGAUGACAAGGAUAAAUGCUGCUCAUUCUGUUUUUGCUACAGGAAGUGUGAGGCAGCAGAUGAAAGCAGUGAGAAGGAUGAGCUCUCAUACUCCAUACCCCUUCAGGUCCUUCCAGGCAUGGAGCUAGACUCGCGUACCUUUCCUGUGGUAAGCAAAACACUCCAGGUCCUCAAUGCAGAGGACUGCAGUGGUGAGGAAGAGGAGGAGGAAGAGGAGGAGCCACAGACACAGGAGAUUGACCUGAGAGCUUGUGGUACGCUGGAGGGGAGCCUGGCACGGGUGCAUGCUCUACAGGGGAAAACAUUCACCUUACCUGAUGGUUUCCUAAAUGCCCAGUUGGAUGCUAAUGAGUUGCUAGUUAUCCUGCGUCAGUGUGCUAACAGCCCACAAGCUGAGGGUGAGGGUCGUCUUCAGCCAUCACGGAUUGCAGAGUACAAACAGGAGCUGGCAGUGCGCUUCAAAGAAUUCAGAGCAUCUUGUCGACGAGUGGCAAGUGUUGAAAAAAGCCCAACACGUAUGCUUGCUGUUGUCUCAGCUAGCUUUCAAGUGUUGUGUGAACUAACUCAAACCUUCAUUAAAUUGGUCAGAGGGGUGCGUUCAGAAGCCCAAAGGCUGCAGCUGUUGAGAAAAGUUGAGGAAGUAGCUAUCAACUACACUUUGCUUUUGCGCGCAGCAGAAGAAUCAAUGGGACACUCAAGCAGCCUGCCGACAAAGACAGUUAGCCCUCAAGUUUCCUCGCACACCAGUAACAUGAGCUCGCUCACUCGACCCAUCAAAACUCUUCCUGCACAGUAAAAAUCAAUCUGGCAGGGAUGUAAUCACAACAGUCCAGAAUGUGGGUGGCAACUAUAUCCAAAUUCAUUAUUUAUUUAUUGUUUACAUUUUUUACAAGACGUGCAAUGAUCAUCCUCAGUAAAAAUUGCAAAGCAGCUGUUCCAUCCCAUGUUUACAGGCCCUGAGGUAGCCUUGUGGAUCUUGUUUUGAAAUAUAAAGAUACACCAAACUAAUGCACAAUGGAAUAAGAACCCUAUAACAAACUGGGUGAUACAGGGCUAUUCACCUCAUAUCAAUAUUCACAAUAUACAUAAGUCAUUAUAGUAUAAUAUUUUAUAUGUAAUGUAUAUUUGAGUUGUGUCUACUUAGCAAAUAAUAUAAAGUUUUGUGAAGAAAAAAAGGUAAAGAAUAUAUUUGAACUGUACUGAGUUAAGAGAACCAUAAAAGUUAUAACAAAUUAUCAGAAAUAAAUGUAUGCUCUGGACAAAAAUAUUUCAGAGAUCUCGUCAAGUAGCGACUUCUGUAAAUUGCGUAGUCCAAAGCGUUGGUUGGUUAGAUGGUGAUGUGUUUGUUUGUUGAAAUUUCUAACUGUUGUAAUGCAAAUGGAAAUCUCUGUUCGCUAUGUUGACAAUGUCUGGCAUACUGAUACAAGAGUCAAAAUGUAAGUGACAGUGUUGGAAAAUGAAAACCACUGAAAGACAAGUAUGACAUAUUAAACUAUACUGACUGACAGCGGUCCAUUCUCUCACUAUAACAGUGCAGGUAUGAAACACACCUGUUCAGGGCAGACAAUGUAGCAGAGACCCGACUCACAGUCUUAUCCACUGUACAGUAAUGAGAUUUGUUGCCUCACUCAGCUGUAGAGAGGGAAUACCCACACUGUACUUAGUGUAUAGAGUGCAUUUUACACCAUCACUGAUCCAUAGCUCACUUGCAUCUCACAUAUUGUGAAUCAUAGUUUUAAAUAUAGCCAUCCACUUGCAAGUGAGUAAGCUUAUCACUAGGAUUUUGCACAACCUCUGAAAUUAGGUCUGAAGUUGAAAUGUAUCUUUUAAUGUUUGAUUCAGUGUUUUUUAUUCACUCUGCUGCUGAAAAACUCCACACCACCAGUUUUACAUAGUUCGUCUCCUCAAGGCUAAAGCUUAACUGUCUCAAAAGAUCCUUUGUUUUUAUUCAGGUUGUCAGAUAUAAUAUAAACAAAUUUGCUUUCUAUGUGCUGUUAUACAUUGUGCAAUCUAGCAAAUAUAUAAGAAACACACAAAGUAGUUUUCUAUGUAUUUUAAUAAAACUAACACAUCUGUUUCCUGUCUGAAAUCUCCUUUGUGUCUCAUCCUCUUGUUAUUCCUGGAAAUGAAUCACAGAGGCUUUACACCUGUGCUGGCCUAACGUGUACACUGAACAUACUGUUAAAAGAAAGUGCUGUGAAACCAAAUUAAUAGUGACAAAUGGGCUUUCAUAAUACUAAAGACAUGAAAUGCAAAAUUGCUGUUUCUUUCAAAAAAUGUAUUGGUCAGUCCUGUGGGAUAUAACAUGGUACUCCAACGAAUCAGACUAAAAUGUUUUUAAAAUACUGUUUAUGAUGUAAACAUCCACCAUGAGACAUGGUAUUUAACAUCCUUGAAUUUGAAACUGUUUGGUGGUAAGAAACUAAUUAUAUGAUACUUAAUGCCAUACAGUAUACGUACUGUAGUUCAAAACAAACUUACAGAUGUUCAAUAUUUGACUAACAUUAUAAACCAAUAGUGGUGUUCAUUUAAUUGCACUUAAUAUUUUCUAUCUAGACCAUGUCUUAAAUACUGCUGUAAAUUUGAGCCAGUAACACCUUUUUUGUCAAUUUUUUAGAAAAUUUCAGCAUAGGGUUAGGGUUAGAUUUCAGGUUAUUAGUUAGAAAUAUGCCUCGCAUGAUUCUAGAUCCCACUCACAAUAUGAUCAUUCACCAGUGAAAGCAAAUAUAGCCCACCUAUAUCACUUUUCAUUUUAGACUGACAAUUUGACCUUCAAUAUAAAAGGGAAAUGAGGACAUAAGCUUCGUUGCACUUCUUGUCUUGGUUUCAGUAGACAUUUGUGGUGUUGACAAGCACUCUCUUUUAACGGUUUUUUUCCUACGCUGUUGACGUGGCAUUUUCCAUGACCAUAUGCAGUGUUUUCUCUUUCACUGUACUGCAUGUUUUCCCUUACGUAUAAGACUUUCGGGGGCAGACAUUUUGACCAUUGAAGCUGAUGAUACUGUUUGUUCAGAUAAUUUUACCAUUCUAAAGUGGAAAAACGGGCAAAAAUGAAAGGCUGUGGUGGCAACAUGUUAAUGUUUUGCAGAUGGUAUUCGUUAUGGAAAUGUAUUAUUCUACACUGUUAAUGUAAAUAAUAAGAUGAAAUAUUUGAGAGAAUAAGAAACACUUUUAAAACAUUACUUGUAACAUUAAGAUUUAUCCAAACACUUCACUAUUUUGUAAAAAGGACAACAUAAAACAUGUCUGUAAGGUAAUUAUUUAUAGUAGUAAUGUAACAUAGAGACUAAUAGCAAAACAUAUAUUUUAAGGAGUAUAUUAUGAGUAUAAAGCAUGGGACAUGUUUAUUUUUAUAAAUAAAAAUAUCAGACAAUGUUCUCUCAUCAGCACUUGAACAUUUUAAUAUUAUAAUAAACAUUUUCUGUGGUAGUCACUGUUCAGUUGCUUUGCUUAACUAUGUGGAUUUGUCUGUGUUUCAUUCACACAAUGAGCCCGCCAAGGCUUAAUCCAUUGUUUCUUUAUGUGCACCAAUUCAUUCCUGUUUUUUUUUUUACUGUCAAUGAUCUU